AUGGCUGGAGCUGCAAGUCCACUGACGACCCCCACGCCCGAGGCGUCUCCGGUCGAGUACUUGACUCGUUUCUGGCGUACCCAUGCGUCAGUGUUCAUGCGCUGGUUCCUCUCGCUUCCUUAUGCCGGUCAAGUGUCGCUACUGCGCAAUGCGUCGCCUGACAUGCCACUGUCGUACGACCUGCAGGAGACGCGACCACCAGCGACGCAGCUGCUCGCGCCUGAGCUGACGCUGAAAGCGCUGCUGGAAGACAAUGGGAAGGCGCUGCUGCGACUUAUGAACGCACGCGCUACCAAGACGGACCAGUGCAGUCGUCAUGAUGUGCUGUACCUCACGUCGCUGCGUGCGAACGGUACCAUGCCGACGUUCUCGGGCGAUACGCUGAAGCACGUGUCACUGGCUUUUAUUGAUUUAGCCGACCCGGAGCACAACGUCCAGUCGUUGAUGCCCUCGGCGUCGAGCGAGAUCGUCGAGUCAAAGAGAGCUCUGAUCAAACAGGGCAAGCUCAUGGAGGCGGACGUGUGGCUCACGCUGCAAGUGCGGCAGCAGAUCAUCUUGACGCUCCUGACCAAUGUGGCCCAUACGUUUGAAGCAUUGUUCUUGAAGCAGGACGUGAUGGGAGACGUCCGUGUGGCAAAAGUGGGCUGUCGAUAUUGUGGGUCCGUGCAGAAGCGCUCGACAGAAGUAGAAGCGAAGACGGCGUUGGUGCAAUGUGCAUGUAGAGCAGCAUUUUAUUGCUGCACCGAACACCAGGAGGAGGACUGGACGAACCACAAGACGAGCUGUCAUUCGAUUCGAAACGAGAAAGCUGCUACAGAACAGAGUACAGUGCACGAUUAG